AUGCUGUCCAAGCCGCUCCGCCGCCCGCUCGCCGCCGCGCUGCGCAGGCCCCAGAGCGCUGUCAUGAAGUACCACGUGGGCGUGCGCGAGACGCAGCGCGGCGCCGACGCGCUGGCCCAGCAGAAGCAGCAGCUGCGCACCCAAGGCGCCUCCGCGCUGAGCCUGGACACGCCCGUGUUCCAGGUCUUCGGCAGCAACACGGACAUCGGCAAGACCAUCGUGUCCGCCGGCAUCUGCCGCAGCGCCGCCACCAUCGCGGCCACGAGCGGGGGCCGCGUGGAGUACAUCAAGCCGCUGCAGACGGGCACGGACGACGACAUCCCCGGCUCCUUCCCCGGCGACGCGUCCUUCGUCCAGAAGCACGCGCUGCUCGAGGACAAGUCCCAGGGCGCGCUCGAGUGCUCGACGCUCUUCUCGUGGAAGAACCCGGUGUCGCCGCACCUCGCGGCGCAGAUGGAGGGCCACACCAUCACGGACGAGGCGCUGCUGCAGCUGCUCGCGGACAAGCUCAAGGCCAUCAACGGCGUGAACGGCGAUAAGGCUGCGGACAGCCUCGUGCUCGUGGAGACGGCGGGCGGAGUGUGCAGCCCCUCGGCCUCCAUGAGGUUCCAGGUGGACGUCUACCGCGGCAUGCGUCUGCCCGUGGUGCUGGUGGGCGACGGCAAGCUCGGAGGCAUCUCCACGACCAUGUCGGCGCUCGAGACGCUGCUGAUCCGCGGAUACGACGUGGCUGCGAUCUGCCUCAUUGAGCAGGACGGACUCGACAACGCGGCGGCGCUCGAGCCGCGCACCAGUGAGCUCGGCAUCCCCAUCUUCACCAUGAGCGCCGUUCCACCGAUGCCCGAGCCCCUGGACAAGUGGUUCGACGAGCACGAGAAGGUGUUUGCUGGCGUCAACAAGGCGCUCAAGGCGUUCCACCAGACGCGGCUGGAGAGCUUCAAGCGCAUGGAAGAGCGCGCGGAGCAAGUCUUCUGGUGGCCGUUCACGCAGCACAAGAAGGCGGGCGGGCUGUCCAUGAUCGACUCGGCUCAUGGAGACGAGUUCAGCGUAUACCGCCCGGACAGCAACAGCGUCGAACCGCUGUUCGAUGCGUGUGCCAGUUGGUGGACGCAGGGUGUCGGGCACGGCAACUCGAAGAUGGCCACGGCGCUGGCGUACGCUGCUGGCCGCUAUGGCCACGUCAUGUUCCCAGAGAACGCCCACGAGCCCGCGUUGCAGCUGAGUGAGAAACUCCUGGCUUCCGUCGGCAAGGGCUGGGCCUCGCGCGUGUACUUCUCGGAUGAUGGAUCAACCGCCGUGGAGGUGGCGCUGAAGAUGGCGUUCCGCAAGUACGUGCUUGACCACAAGCUGGAGUACAGCGAGUUCAUGUCGGAUGAGGCUACGGGGUCCAAGAUGGUCACGCUGGCCCAGGCCAACUGCUACCACGGCGAUACUCUGGGCGUGAUGAACGUCGCGGAGAAGAGCGUCUUCAACGAGAAGCAGCACCCGUGGUACCGUCCUGAAGGCGUUUUCCUGAAGGUCCCGAUGAUGGCACUGCGCAACGGCGAGUACGUGAUCUCUAUCGACCCUGAGAUCGCUGGCAACACGCCGACGGAGGAAAAACUGCCGUCCCUCAACGCUGCAUUCGACGCUUCUCGCGACCAGAGUCCUCUCGCUGAUGUGUACCGCAAGCAUGUGGCUCACAUGAUCGACUCGACCGAGGAGAAGAACGUUCGUGUGGGCUCUGCGCUCAUUGAACCUGUGCUCAUGGGCUCCGGUGGCAUGUUCCUGGUUGACCCGCUGUACCAGCGCAUGCUGGUGCAGGAGUGCCGCGCGCGCAAGAUCCCGGUGAUUUACGACGAGGUGUUCUCCGGUUGGUGGCGUCUCGGAGUCGAGUCUGCGCGUGACCUGCUCGGCGUCGACCCUGACAUUGCGUGUUACGCCAAGCUGCUCACUGGUGGCGUGGUUCCCAUGGCUGCUACGCUCGCUUCGGAGGAAGUUUUCGACACUUUCUACGCGGACUCCAAGGGCGAGGCUCUGCUGCACGGCCACUCCUUCACGGCGUACCCGAUGGGUUGUGCUGCCGCCGUGACUGCGCUAGACAUGUACCAGAUUUUCAACAACGCCAGCGCUCCUACCAAGGAUGCUACGCGUGCGUACUGGAACGUGGACGCCCUCACCGAGCUCUCUACCCGGCCGUACAUCGCGCGCACGUUCGCUAUCGGUACUGUGGCGUGUGUGGAGCUGGCGUCAGAGAACGCCGGCUACGCGUCCACGGAGGCUGCCGAGCUCAUCCAAGUGCUGCGCAAGAACGGCGUGUACGCGCGUUCCCUCGGCAACGUGCUGUACCUGAUGUGCUCACCCCUCACGACGCAGGAAGACUGCAACAAGUACCUGGACACGCUCACUCGUCAAAUCGAGAUUUUGCAGGCCAAGAAGUGA